UUCUUUAGAAACUUUUGCAACAAAAACGUCACACCUUUCAGGUUGUUCACAGUGGACAGGAUUGAACAGCUCGAGCUUUAGAACAAUGAACCAUUUGUUUGGAUGGAGAAGGCUUGCCAGCCUGAUGUUAAUGCUGCUAUAUUUCAUCAUUGAUGUACUCUGUGCUUCCCAACCAACAGUUCAGUCUGAGACUCCGCGGGUGAAUGGCAUCGUGGGACAGUCUUUCUCUUUUCCAGAGAGGGUGAUCAAGUCUGGCAAUUUACUUUACGGAGACCUUGGCAGUAUUGCAAAUGUGUACCCUGGUAAAGAAGGCAAAAUCACCCUUGAGAAGAGAUUUGAAAAUCGUAUCCACUUAAACAGUGUUACAAGAUACUUCACUCUGUCAGACCUUCAGAUAGACGAUGCUGGGGUUUAUACUGUGGAGAAUACAGAUGGAGGGGAAAAAAACAAAUUUGAGCUCACUGUAUACAAUGUUGUUUCCAAACCUCAGGUGACAGAAUGUGACAGCAGCUCCUGUCGUGUGGUGUGUUCUGUGGACAACGAAAAAGAGGUGACCUUGACCUUGUACAGGGGAGAGGACAUACUAAACCAGACCAGCAGUCCUGAUCUCACCACUGAUCUAUCUCUCCGUUUGGAGGUAGAGGGAAAGAACUACAACUCCACCUACAGCUGUGUGGCUGCUAACCCUAUCAGUAAUGAGACAGUUCCUGUCCCAAAAUGUUGCAGCAAAGAUGGUCAUCCCAAGGAGACAGACCGUGAUGAGAGGGGUCGGGGAAUUCUUAUUCUUGCUGUAUUCUGCGUUUUGGUUGCCUUGGGGCUGGUUGGACUUGCAAUCUAUCUAAGGAAGAGAAGAAAUGGACAACCAAAAGAUUCAUCUCAAAAAGUGCAAGUGGACAUAGUGUAUGCAGCGAUAACUCCUAAACAACAAGCAGAUAAUCAGGAGGUGCGUACAGGUGUACCAGAACUGGAUUCACUUAGAGACAAACAAAAACUGACAUCAGUUUAUGAUACACUACAAUCCCAUCGCAUGGCUGCCAGCGGGGAUGUUGACACAGCAUGAAGGAGCGAAAUGGGAAGUCACUGAGAAACCGACAUGAUAAUUCACAUCCUGGAGAGGACGGCAUAUCAUGAAGAGGAUGUUGAAACAAACUGAAAGUAAAAAACUAUUCGCCCAGAAAACCUUUUAGAGGCACAGUUGUUAUGGGAGAAAAUUCCCCUGAAACUUUUGCGCUGAUGUUAUAUUUUCAGUCUUUCUUUGUAGGUCGUUCUCACAGACCUUCUGCCAAACAGGGGUCUUGAUGACAUCCACUGGUACGGACCAGUUCAAUAACUACGCAUUGAGUUAGUAGCAGGAUCUGUAUAAUCCUUCUUUUCAAGUGCCUUUUGUCCCAAAUCCCAAUUUAUAGGUUAAAACAAAUGGAACCUGUCUUUUAAUCCAAUUCCCUAGUGUGUUUGCUAUGCUACUGCUGGGCCAAAGCUUAUUUUCAGUACUGACUGUUCUGUUGUUUAAAUGUAGGUCCCUCCCCUAUAUCUUUUUGCAGAUGGUAAUUGUUUCGCUUGCCAGAGGAUAGCAGCUGUGUACGUAUUAUAAAAAGAGCAGGCGUUUGAGACAAAGACACCUAUUCCUUAGAAGCAAUGGCUGUUAGGCUGCUUUUGGAAAACAAAAGUUCCAUAGAUGUAUUUUUUCCUUUCACCAUGUAUGUUGUAUUGAAACAUUUCUGAGGGUCGAUUUGCCAUUUGAUCUUCAGCGACAUUUUCCUCUUCUUAGCGUUUUUCACAAGAUGGAGGUCUGGGCUAAAUUGUAACUCUUAAUCAGCUCAUUUUGUUUAUUAUGAUGGACCAUCUAUUGGUUAUCCUGAUCUAGGUGUUUUUUUAUGUUUUCAUUUAACCUUUAUUUAACUAGGCAAGUCAGUUAAGAACACAUUCUAAUUUACAAUGACGGCCUACCAAAAGGCAAAAGGCCUCCUGCGGGGACGGGGGCUGGGAUUAAAAAUAAAAAUAUAGGACAAAACACAUCAUGACAAGUGAGACACCACACCACUACAUAAAGAGAGACCGAAGACGACAACAUAGCAUGGCAGCAUUACAUGACAACACAACAUGAUAGCAACACCACAUGACAACAACAUGGUAGCAACACAACGUGGCAGCUGCACAACAUGGUAGCAGCACAAAACAUGGUACCAAUAUUAUUGGGCACAGACAGCAGCACAAAGGCAAGAAGGUAGAGACAACAAUACAUCACACAAAGCAGCCACAACUGUCAGUAAGAGUGUCCAUGAUUGAAUCUUUGAAUGAAGAGAUAAAACUGCCCAGUUUGAGUGUUUUUGCAGCUCGCUCCAGUCGCUAGCUGCAGCGAACUGAAACGUGAUAGGGAUGUGUGUGCUUUGGGGACCUUUAACAGAAUGUGAGAAUGUGGAGGAUGAGGAAUGCAGUAGGUAUCUCAGAUAGGGGGAAGUGAGGCCUAAGAGGGUUUUAUAAAUAGGCAUCUACCAGUGGUUCGUGUGAUGGGUCUACAGAGAUGACCAGUUUACAGAGGAGUAGAGUGCAGUGAUGUGUCCUAUGAGGAGCAUUGGUGGCAAAUCUGAUGGCCGCUGGUAAAGAACAUCUAGCCGCUCGAGAGCAUCCUUACCUGCCGAUCUAUAAAUGAAGUCUCUGUAAUCUAGCAUGGGUAGGAUGGUCAUCUGAAUCAGGGUUAGUUUGGCAGCUGGGGUGAAAGAGGAGUGAUUACGAUAGAGGAAACCAAGUCUAAAUUUAACCUUAGCCUGCAGCUUUGAUAUCUGCUGAGAGAAGGACAGUGUACCAUCUAGCCAUACUCCCAAGUACUUGUAUGAGUUGACUACCUCAAGCUCUAAACCCUCAGAGGUAGUAAUCACACCUGUGGGGAGAAGGGCAUUCUUCUUACCAAACCACGACCUUUGUUUUGGAGGUGUUCAGAACACGGUUAAGUGCAGAGAAAUAUGGAACGCCGUUUGGUUCUUUACGUGUCAAAAAGAUACACGUAAAAUAACACAACUCUAUUAUAGAAUGUUGUGUGUGAUGAAUUUGAACGUGCAAGCUAAGCGCCACCACCACUAACAGUGGCACUGUCAAAGCUGUACAAAAAGUCUGCAAACAAGCACACACUGGCCACGAACGAUGUGUUUACAAUACUUCGUUGGUAAUAAGGCGUUAUUUGUUCGACCUCAACAUCUUUGGUAUCUAACCCUAACCCUAACCCAAUACAACUUGUCGUUUUGCUGUGUUUUUGGGAAAGAACAUUGUUUGCAUCAAAUCCAUCAGCUAGCUAACCUUUUUGCGACCAGCACUGUCCAGAGCUUGGGGAAGGGCAGGUGGGCGAGACAACUUUGCCAGCAUCAUAGCGAUAUGUAUCGUUUAAUUGUUGUGACAUAUUAAAUACGAGUGAUAGUGUAAUCAAUGUGUAAUAACUACGUUAAAAAAUGUAUGAACGCGCUCAAUUAUUAUGUGACGUGCAGUCAUAUUCAGGUCCCGAUUGGUCAACCAGCUUAUUUGACACGUCAAAUAGUGUUAUUUGACGUGUAUCUUUUUUGACACGUAAAGACCCAAACGGCGUUCCAUAGAGAAAGCUUGUUGGACACUAAGAAAACUUUGGUGUAGAGCGUUUAACACAAAAUCCGGGGAGGGGCCAGCUGAGUAAAAGAUUGUAUCAUCUGCAUAUACAUGGAUGAGAGGGCUUCUUCCUGCCUGAGCUAUGUUGUUGAUGUAAAUUGAGAAGAGCGUGGUGCCUAGGAUCGAGCCUUGGGGUACUCCCUUGGUGACAGGCAGUGGCUGAGACAGCAGAUGUUGUGACUUUAUACACUGCACUCUUUGAGAGAGGUAGUUAGUAAACCAGGCCAAAGACCCCCUCAGAGACACGAAUACUCCUUACCCGGCCCACAAGAAUGGAAUGUUCUACAGUACCAAAAGCUUUGGCCUAGUCAAAAAAAAUAGCAACACAACAUAUGUAGCACAUCAUCCCUUCAAAAUAUAAUCACUCCCUCCUGCAGACUCCUGCUGCAACUCCUGCAGACACCAUACACUCUCCUUCUAUCAGAGCAUUUUGUGGUCCACCUACAUUAGUGCAACCUUUGUAUGGAUCUGUGCCUGCAAAGAUCACUGUCACCCAAAAAUAUAAAAUCUGUCGAUACCAUAGUGAGUUGUUGCACUGUAGGCCAUUUCAAUUUUAUGCCACUCAAUUUCUGAGUAGUUACUGAGACUGAAUAUGAAGAUAUAAUUCACUUUUCACUAUUUUAAAAUAACUUCGUGACUUAUUCAAACCGAUAAAAAUAAACAUGUUGCACUGAUCUUCAAUAUAUUAAGUCAAAGGCUUACCCAUACCUUUCCUUUAAAGUCAUACAUUGUGUAUAUUUCCUGAUGUUUAACAGUCAUCAAUACAUCUAUAACCAUGCUUGCAAUAUAUGCAUGUUUUACAUACCCUAUCACAACCCAAAAUAUGAUUACUCUAUUCUCCAUUUUUGCUUUUGUUGUCAUUUAGAUCUUUGUAAACAAAGUAUUUAUUGCUUCAGAAUACCUGUGUAGACUGCCAUUCCUUGAAGCCAAAGCUGUCUCUAUGAGUUUGAGAGGGGAAACAUUUCUCCAGAGACAUUUCUCCAGAAACACAACUUCAGAUUGUGGUUUUAAUAAUGUAGCCUACUUCUAGGGUCAAAUAGGAGGGAUCACUGUAGUUGUUUGGUGGAUUCUCUAUUUUAGAGACUUUAAGUGUGUGUGACCUUUUGUCAUGUCACUUUGCAUGCCAGGCAGCUGUACAUUUGUAAACGAUAAUGACUGCUAACAGUGAUUUACUCAUUUGUAUUUAAAAAUCCUAUACAAUUUCAAGCAUUGUUUAGAGAAAACGUUGGCCUUUUCUUCCAAUCCUUUCCCCCCAUCUAGUGGUUGAACAUUUUUCUAUUUCAGUAUACUGUACAUAUUGCACAAAGUUUUGUUCUGAGACAGCGUACUGUAAAUUGUGUAAGUGUAGCUUAAAUCAUGUGCAACCAAAAUGUAAUCUAACCUUUCUAUGCUUUGGACUGUGAUCCCGCAUGUUUGUGCCAUUUGUGCCAUUUAUUGUAACGUUAUUGUGAGUAACAAUUAAAACAGUUGUGUCAUGA